GCGGCGUCGCCAUGGCCACGGCUGAGGCGGCGGCCGGAGCUCGGGCUCCGCUCCGUCCCUCGCCUGCCGCCAACUAAAGCCUGCGGACAUUUUGUCUGAAAAAGGCAGAGCGUAAAUCCCACACCGGCUCGGGGGUGUUAGAAUGCAGGCGGCGCCCGCUGGACACCCGGACAGCGGCCGCAGAGGGGAGGUCACGGCGCCUGAGGCGUCGGAGGCGCCGGUGGGCGACGCCGGGAGCGGAGGUGCCCACACGGAGCGUGAGGGCAGCGCUGUGAGCACAGCUGUUAAAACUCAAGAGAAAGAAGUCAACUGUACGUCCAGUGCAGAUCCACAGAAUGAACAAAAAUCAGGUAUUGAUCAGAAGUCUGGAACCAGCUCAUCCAGUCAAAGGACAGAAGCAAAGAGAGGCUCUGUAAGGAUGACAAAAAAGAUUCUGCUAGACAUCUGUAAACAGCAGAAAUUAUACUGGACCCCACACUUAAAUGAUACACUGUACUUGCACUAUAAAGGAUUUGACCGACUGGAGAAUCUUGGAGAAUAUACUGGACUGAAGUGUUUGUGGCUGCAAUGCAAUGGCUUAAGAAAAAUUGAGAAUUUGGAGGCUCAAACAGAGUUGCGUUGCCUCUACUUGCAACUCAAUUUAAUAGAGAAAAUUGAAAACCUUGAACCCUUACAAAAGCUGGAUUCCCUCAAUAUCAGUAACAACUACAUUAGGACCAUUGAGAAUCUCUCUUGUCUGAAAGUCCUGCAGACUCUGCAGAUCGCUCACAAUAAGUUACGAACAGUGGAAGACAUCCAGCACUUGCAGGAAUGCCCAAGUAUUUCUGUUCUUGAUCUUUCCCACAACAAUCUAAGUGAUCCGAGUAUUGUAGCUAUUCUGGAGACCAUGCCCAAUCUGCAUGUGCUGAAUUUGAUGGGAAAUGAGGUGAUAAAGAAAAUUGCUAACUAUAGAAAAACACUCACUGUUCGACUAAAACAGCUGACAUAUCUGGAUGACAGACCAGUUUUCCCAAAGGAUAGAGCCUGUGCAGAAGCCUGGGCUGUUGGAGGGCUUGAAGCUGAGAAAGCAGAAAGGGAAAAAUGGGAAACCAGAGAGAGAAAAAAAAUCCAAGAUAGCAUUGAUGCGUUAGCAGCAAUUAGGCAAAGAGCACAGGAAAAGAGGAGACAAAAGUGCAUGGAAGGAGUUGCAACAGAUACCCAAGAAGGAGCACCUGCAAAUUCAAAAGAUGGUGAUGGAAAUUCUAAUACAUCAGAAACUUCAAAUAGAUCAGAAGAAGAAGCUCAAGAAAAGGCUGAGAAAUUUAAAAAUGAGGGUUUUGAUGUUUGUGAUGAAGUGGUAACACUUCUACCAAAUGGAGGAGAUAGCAGAGAUUUCACAUCUGGAAAUAUACCUGAUGAAGUUCAAGAGGAUGCACAGGAACCAGACUCUUACAAAUGUGCAAAUUUCAACAAGGAGGCAGAUGAUCUACCAGGACAGGAGGCUGCUACUGACCAGGCCAUGCUUCCUGAGAGGGAGGAGGAAUAUGCUGAAAUUGAACAGUUCAAAUUGGAGACACUGGCAGCACUUUCUCUUGAUGAACUGCCUGAUUUAGAAGAUGUAAGUGAGUUUGCCCCAGAAGAGGAAAUCUUUGUUCAAAAGCAGGACUAUCGCCCAAAGAUUGAAAUAAUUUCUGAAGUGACAAAUGACAGCAAUUCUGCAUUAGAGGAAAACAAUAAAAGCAUGCUUGAGAAUUCAGUAGAAGAAGUUCCAACAGCAAUUUUUUCAAAUGUAUGUCAGAAUCAUAAAGAGCAUAAAAAGGAGCACUUAAGACCCCUUCUCAAAAGCUUCUUUACAGAGCCUGAUAAUUCAGAAGGAUAUCUGGAUAUCAAAGAUAAAGAGGUAGCCCCUUUGAAACCCUUGAUACAAGAGGUAAUCACUGACUCCAAGGAUUAUCUGCUGUUGUCACCAGUCUGUCAUCAACCAGAUGCCCCAAGCUCGUGGGAAGAGGAUGGGAAUGGCAGUGAUAGAGAAGCACAGGGCCUGGCUGAGGGGGAAGGAUGUCCUCAUAAAGCACAGGGUGACAAGGAUGAUGAGAGUGGAUUGGAUUAAUCACUUUGGAAAACCAGACCAAAUCUGGAGCACAGUGUGGAAAUAUUCCCAAAAUAUUGCAAUGGACCAUUUGUUAAAACUGACAUAACACUGUGAUACCAAAACUCACUGCCCUUGGCUCCAAGCUCCUCAGGGCAGCUGCCUGGUCACUACUUUGAAAAUUACUGUUUUGAGGUUAAAUUUCAGUCUCGUGUUAUUUGUGCCUUUGCAUCUUUCUAGAAAUGCCUUAGUUACAUGUUUAUAUAUCAUAGUUUCAUUACAGAUGGAGUUUCAAGCAUAAUUCAGUGUGUCUGUCAUUUGACUAAAUAAAAAUUCUAUUUGUAAACAUA